AUGGGCUCGUGCUCGAGUAAGCCCGGCGAGGUUGGCGCCAUGCCCAUCGCCGGGGUGGGCAGGGUCGAACCGAUGGACCCCGACGUCAAGCGCGAGGUGGUGCGACGCGCGCGGGAGUCGGGAACCUUCGCGACGGAUGCCGACGCGACGUGGGUCGGCAGCCCGCUGCCGGCGAGCGUCAACAGGCGGGUCGUGAGCCGCGACGCGACCAAGCGCCCCGGCCCGGGCCCCGACGCGUCCUCCUCGUCCUCCUCGGCGUCGCACUUCGGCGCGACGGUCGCGCCGAGGACGCUGGACUACGACGGCGCCGGGGGCCGGGGAUCCUUCUCCGGCGCGGCGGUGCACCCCGCGUCCCUCGACGAGGAGGAGCGCGCGGAUGGAGGAGUCGGAGAUCCGUCUCCGGACAGGGUGCGCGCCUUCCGCGCGAGCCCAACCCCGGAGGAGGAGCGCGGGUUCGGCGCGGGCAGACUCCCGUGGGGAUCCGUCGACCUCACCGCCCCCGUGACCGCCGCGGACGCGUUCACGUUCCGCGACGACGACGACGACGACGACGACGACGACGCUCCCAAAUCUCCGGGCGGCGGCCCCCUCACCCUCCGACGCGCGAGGGAGCUCCAAGCCGAGAAGGAGCGGGCCACCGCCUCCGCGCUCGGCGGCGCGCACAGGCCGGUGAGCCGGGAGGGCGGCGGGGCGUCCGGGUUCCACCCCGAUUCCUUCGCGGGUUCGAGGCCCCAGAGCAGGGAGUGGUCCGGCGUCGCGUCCGGCGCCCGGGGACCCGCGAGGAGGAGGGUCACAGCGGCGGAGAUAUCCGGGGCGAUGCGCGCGCGCGGCGGCCCGUCGCGGGGAUCGGACGCCGCCGCGACUCCGGGUGCCGACUCGUCCCCGGGUGCCGAGUUUCCGCCGCGACCGGAGCGACUCGGGGGGAAACCCGAAUCCGCCGGCACCGACUCGUCGACGGAGUUUGAGCGAGAGACGGACGCGCUGCUCAGCCGCGCCGCCGCGCUCAUGGAAGAGGAGGAGGGGCUCAUGGAGGAGGAGGAGGAGGGGCUCAUGGAAGAGGAGGAGGGGCUCAUGAAGGAGGAGGAGGGGCUCAUGGAGGAGGAGGAGGAGGUCGUUCGAGCGUCGACGGCGGUGAGCGACGCGAAGGGGACCGCCGAGGGAGGACCCCGAGGGAGGAUGCCGAUGGACGCCGACGGUCGCCGGGAGUCGAGCCGGGACGAGCCGCCGCCGCCGCCGCCCGCCGCCGCCGCCGCCGACACCUCCCCCCCGUCCGCCGCCUCCUCCUCCCACCACUCGGGGGAUGAGAACCUCCCGCCUCCGCCCGCCUCCCUCGCGGGGACUCGCGGAAAGGUGCCGCUCGAGUCGGUUCCGGUCCGAGCGCUCGACCGGGCCGUCGGCGGGGAGGAUGGCGCGGGGGCGCGACUCGAGAGGCCACCGCCGAAGCGGGGCUGGGUGGAUGAGGUGGAUGAGGUGGAUAAGGUGGACGAGGUGGAGGCGGUGGAGGUGGAUAAGGUGGAGGAUGAAGGUGAGGGGGGAACCCCGGACGACGUCUUCUUGACCGCUGCGGUUGCGUCCGUCGCUCCUCCCUCCGUGGCCGCGACGUCGACCCCGUCGGAGGAGGCUGAGACGUCGACCUCACCGACGCCGACCUCACCGACGACGGCGACCGUCGCGUCCGCCGGCGCACGGCCGGGGUCCGCCGCGUCGCGAUCGAACUUCGUCUCCAAACUCCCCGCGCCGCCGCCGCUCUCGGCGCGAAACCCGAAGGAUGGACCACAAAAGCCAAAGGGGGGAACGCGAGCGAACCAAAACUCUCGACUCGCGUCCACCUUUGGCAGGGACGCACCCGCGGGACCCGCGGCGAGGGGGCCGGGGACGGCUCGAGCGGGCGCGAGGGUUCGAUCCACCACGUCGGCGGGGUACAGGGCGCCGGAGCCGAGGGCGACCGGGGGGUCGGUGAACCCGGGCCUCCCAUCAGCCGAAGGGGAAACAAACGCCAAGGGGGGGACGAAGAAGGCGACGUACAGGGACAGGAUCGCGAGCGGGCGACGCGCGGCGACGGCGACGGCGACGGCGACGGCGACGACGACGACGGCGACGACCGAACGACCCGCGGCGGCACCCCUCGGCACCCCUCGGCACCCCUCAUCCGAACCGGACGCCGCCGACGGCCCCGUGCCGUCCGAGACGCCCGCCAAGCUGAGACGCCGCGAGGGCGGAGAGGGCGACGACGCCACCUCCCGGUCGACGACGCUCGAGCCGACCGAGCGCGUGCUGACCAAAGCCGAGGAGGCCAAGAACAGGCUGCGACGCAACAGGCGAUCGAGCCAGAGCGCCGUCGGGGCCGCCGGCGGCUUCACCGCGAGGGCUUCGGACGGCGGCGGCGGCGGCUCGGCGGGCUCGGCGGUUUCCGCUUCGGUCCCCUCGCACCCGACGUCGGAGUCGGCGAGGCCCGCGCAGAAAGUCGGUCUCUCCGCGGCGGAACUCGCGGAUAGGCUCGGGUCGGUCAAGCGGGUGAUCAAGCCGAGGUCUUCGAUGCCGGACCUCGGCAGGUCGCGCCGGGCGGAGACGACGGACGGUGGACCCGAGAAGGUUGACGCGGACGCAGCCGUGUCCGACACAAACACGGCUGCGUCGACCCUCGAGGGCGGCGUCCCGGUCGUUCGCGGGUUGGACGAGGCUGAGCUGGUGCUGCGGGUGGACACGCUGGCGAACGAGGACGCGCUCAACGCGACGCGAUCGGCGGUGACGCGCAUGACCGAGCUGCUCGAGUACGUCGACGCGACGUCGAGGCGGCUUGGGUGCGAGCCGCAGAACGUCUUUGGCCACCUGCUCUUUCGGUGCGGCGCGCCCACGGAUCCGACGUCGCGGCAACUCCGCCUCAACGACGCGGUGGACCCCACGCGGCUCCAGCGCAUGGUCGCGGUCACCGCCGAGCUCCGAUCGCUCCUCCGGAUCAAGGUUCAGGACAACAACGACCUUCAGCUCGCGGCGACGGCGCUGCGAGAGACGGCGGGGUUUUUCGCUCGCCUCGACGCGGCGGCGGCGGCGUGCUCGAAGGAGCCGUGGAGGGUCCUCGCCGCGCAGCGACCGGGUGGGCGCGCGAGGGGCGGGCGGGGGUGA